AAGAAAGUACAGUGAGAAGCUAGCUAGCAGUGAAGCGAGCGAGCCACUGAGAUAUUAUCCUUUCGACAAGAUUCUUUUCACCGGAGAUUCUUCCGGUUCACCGAAGUAUCUAUGACUUCUCAGUUAUCAGUAUGUGUAUCUCCUCGUGUUUGUUAGUCUUCACAGCUUCGCAAUUUGAAAUGUGACGAACCAUCUCUGUUUUGGCUUCAACUUCUCUUGGUUUAAUUCUUAAAGAUGACAGCUUUACUCUGCUCCACGACUCUGUGCGGCGAUCUUACGGUCAGUGAUGCUUUUAUAAUUAGUAGUAACAUCAAAGGAAGAUUAAAGUUCCAACCUUUAAAUGUUGGGUCUGUGUUUCACCGGAGAAAGAAGACCAUGAGAUCGUAUAGUGUAGUCUCCAUGAAAAGUUCUGAUUUUUCGGUUCCUAUGACAAACAAGAAGACGUUGAUAUCUUCAGGUGAAGUCACCAAGAUUCUAACGUCGUUUCCUGAGACUGAUUCUGCGUUUUCGUAUUUCAAAUCAGCAGCUGAGAGUUCGAGUCUAGUUCACACCACUGAGAGUUGCAACUACAUGCUUGAAGCUUUGAGGGUCGAUGGUAGAAUCGAGGAUAUGGCUUACGUGUUUGAUUUGAUGCAGAAGAGAAUCAUAAAGAGAGAUAGCACCACGUUCUUGACUAUAUUCAAGUGUCUUUCUGUUAAAGGUGGGUUGAGGCAAGCGCCUUACGCACUUGAGAAGAUGAGAGAGUCUGGUUUUGUGUUGAAUGCGUAUUCAUACAACGGGUUGAUUCAUCUCUUGCUUAAGUCUAGGUUCUGCACAGAGGCGAUGGAGGUUUAUAGGAGGAUGGUAUUUGACGGUUUUAGGCCUAGUUUGAAGACGUACUCUUCACUUAUGGUCGGAUUAGGGAAAAGAAAGGACACUGAAGCUGUGAUGUGUUUACUUGAAGAGAUGGAGACGUUGGGGUUGAAGCCUAACGUCUACACGUUUACUAUAUGUAUCCGUGUGCUUGGUAGAGCGGGGAAGAUUAAUGAAGCGUAUGGUAUACUGAAGCGGAUGGAUGAAGAAGGAUGUGGACCUGAUGUGGUUACCUACACUGUUCUUAUUGAUGCUCUUUGUACUGCUGGGAAGCUUGACUGUGCUAAAGAGGUUUUCGCAAAGAUGAAAACGGGAAGACAUAAACCGGAUCGUGUGACUUAUAUUACUUUGCUGGAUAGGUUUAGUGACAACAGAGAUUUGGAUUCAGUGAGGCGGUUUUGGAGUGAGAUGGAGAAGGAUGGUCAUGUGCCUGACGUUGUAACCUUCACUAUUCUAGUAGAUGCUCUGUGCAAAGCUGGGAGUUUCGGUGAGGCGUUUGAUACGUUGGACGUGAUGAGGGAGCGAGGUGUCUCACCUAACCUGCAUACAUACAACACUUUGAUCUGUGGUCUCUUGAGAGUUCACAGGUUGGACGAUGCGCUUGAGGUUUUUGGUAGGAUGGAGUCUCUGGGGGUUAAGCCUACUGCAUAUACGUACAUUGUUUUUAUUGAUUACUAUGGGAAGUCUGGAGAUUCCGUCAGCGCUCUUGAGACGUUUGAGGAGAUGAAGAACAAAGGAAUAGCUCCGAACAUUGUAGCAUGUAAUGCGUCUCUCUACAGUCUAGCUAAAUCCGGAAGAGUUCAAGAAGCAAAAGGAAUCUUCUAUGGGUUGAAGAACAUAGGGCUAGCCCCUGAUUCAGUAACCUAUAACAUGAUGAUGAGGUGUUAUAGUAAAGUUGGGGAGAUAGACGAAGCCCUCAAGCUGCUUUCUGAGAUGGUGGAGAGCAAUUGCGAACCUGAUGUGAUCGUUGUUAACUCUUUGAUCAACGCUCUUUUCAAGGCUGAUAGAGUGGACGAGGCGUGGGAGAUGUUUAUGAGGAUGAAGGAGAUGAAGCUCAAGCCUACAGUUGUGACUUACAACACAUUGCUCUCAGGUUUAGGCAAAAAUGGUAAAAUCCAGGAGGCGAUUGAGUUGUUUGAAGGGAUGGAGAUGAAAGGCUGUCCACCUAAUACAGUGACAUUCAACACACUUUUUGACUGUCUUUGCAAAAACGACGAGGUGAUGCUAGCCUUGAAGAUGUUCUUCAAGAUGAGUUGUGUACCAGAUGUGUUUACUUACAAUACUAUUAUCUAUGGUUUGAUGAAGAACGGUCAAGUCAAAGAAGCGAUGUGUUUCUUCCACCAGAUGAAGAAACUGGUUUACCCUGAUUUUGUCACCCUCUGCACUCUCCUUCCGGGUGUUGUCAAGGCCGGUUUAGUCGAAGAUGCUUACAAACUCACCGCUAACUUUCUUCACAGCUGCGGUGAACAACCCGCUGCUCUUUUCUGGGAGGACUUGAUGGGAUCUGUCUUGGCUGAAGCUGGAAUAGACAGUGCAGUUUCAUUUUCUGAGAGAUUGGUCGUUAAUGGGAUUUGUCAAGAUGGUGAAUCGAUCCUGGUGCCAAUGAUCAGAUACUCUUUCAAACAUGGUAAUCCCUCAGGUGCUAAAACUUUAUUUGAGAAGUUCACAAAAGAUCUUGGUGUCCAUCCCAAACUUCCGGCCUAUAAUCUGCUAAUCGGUGGGCUUCUUGAAGCUGAUAUGAUUGAGACAGCACAGGAACUGUUCCUAGAGAUGAAGAGCACUGGUUGCAUCCCAGAUGCUGCUACCUACAACUUCUUGCUUGAUGCUUAUGGAAAAUCAGGAAAAAUAGACGAACUCUUUGAGCUGUACAAAGAGAUGUCUCCCCAUGACUGCGUACCAAACAUAAUAACUCACAACAUUGUCAUCUCCGGACUGGUGAAAUCAGGAAAUGUGGAUGAGGCUCUUGAUUUAUACUAUGACCUUAUCAGUGAUGGCGACUUCUCUCCAACGGCUUGCACAUAUGGUCCCCUUAUCGAUGGUCUCUCCAAGUCAGGGAGAUUGUAUGAAGCGAAACAACUCUUUGAAGGAAUGUUGGACUAUGGCUGCAGACCAAACUGUGCUAUCUACAACAUUCUCAUCAACGGGUUUGGAAAAGCGGGUGAGGCUGAUGCAGCGUGCAAGUUGUUCAGAAGGAUGGUUAAAGAAGGAGUCAGACCGGAUCUCAAGACUUACUCGGUUCUAGUGGAUUGCCUUUGUAUGGUCGGAAGAGUGGAUGAAGGCUUGCAUUACUUCAGGGAGCUGAAGGAAUCUGGCCUUGAUCCUGAUGUGGUAUGUUACAAUCUCAUAAUCAACGGACUAGGGAAGUCUCAGAGGCUUGAAGAAGCUCUUGAGCUUUACAAUGAGAUGAAGAACAGCAGAGGAAUCAUCACACCUGAUCUAUACACUUACAACUCCUUGAUUCUGAAUUUUGGUAUGGCGGGAAUGGUGGAAGAAGCUGGGAAGAUUUACAAUGAGAUGCAAAGAGUUGGUCUUGGGCCAAACGUUUUUACAUUUAACGCUAUGAUCCGUGGAUACAGUUUGUCUGGAAAACAUGAGCACGCUUACGCUGUGUACCAGACAAUGGUGACUGGAGGUUUCAGCCCCAACACAGGGACAUAUGAACAGCUUCCGAAUAGAGCUUGACAAUUUUACACAGCAGAGCUCUACGCUAAGUGAAGCAACUGCAGAAGAGUCUUGUGUCAUGUAAAGUGUACAAAACAUAAUGUUGUGUAAAUGUCAUAUUGUUUUAUUUUAAGGCCAACAUCAUAACAAGUCAA